AUGUCUUGUGACUCAGAUGAGUUCCUUAGGCUGGUAGAAGAUGGAGAUAAAGCUUUGUACCCUGGGUGUACAAAAUCGACAAAAUUGAACGCUCUUGUAGAAAUGUUCAAUUUGAAAGCAAAGCACGGAAUAACUGAUGGUUGUAUUUCCGACUGGCUAAUAUUGUUUGAGUCCUUCCUUCCCGAUGGGAAUGAAGUACCUUGCAAUAUAGGUGAGGCAAAGAAAACACUAGGUUUAUUGGGGAUGGGGUAUGAAAAAAUUCAUGCAUGUCCAAAUGAUUGCAUUCUAUAUAGAGGGGACCAUCAUGAAGCUGAAGUAUGUCCAACAUGUACUACUUCGAGGUAUAAGAUUAGAAAGAACAGAGUUGUGAGGGAUGGGGUUGCUGCAAAGGUUUUGUGGUACUUUCCUAUAAUAUCGAGAUUCAAAAGGAUGUUCCAAUCUCCAAAGACAGCUAAGUCCUUGACUUGGCAUGGCGAUAGGAAAAAAGAUGGCAUGAUGCGGCAUCCAGCUGAUUCACCGACUUGA